GUGUUUCGCAUCUCAAAUUCAUAGCCAUCUGUCGACGCUUAUACAUUGCCCUUUGAAGGGAAAAGCGCGUUCUUCUAUUUUGAUCCCUACUCCUUGUGCACCUCCAACCGAUAAUAGAGACCUCCAUCGUAGUGCCAAUGCCGCAACGUGUGACGCCUGCGCAAGCGGCACAGCUGCUGGCCUCGCCGCUGAAGUACAUCCUGCUGGACAUCGACGGCGUCAUUUGGAGCGGCAGUCACGUUAUCGAGGGUGUGCCGGCGACGCUGCGGUACCUGCGCUCGCAGGGCAAGGAGGUCCGCUUCCUGUCCAACAACGCCUCCCUCUCCCGUGCGCAGCUGCAGCAGUCCUUCGCCGCGAAGGGCAUCGAAGGGGUGCAGGCGAGGGAGUGCUACAACAGCGCCUACGCGGCCGCGCUGCGUCUCCAGCAGCUCCUUGGCACGGCGGCCGCACCUGGCGAGGAGCCGCUGGUGCACGGCAACGUGUUUGUGAUCGGGGAGCAGGGCCUGCACGACGAGCUGCAGCGCGUGCUGGCUCCGGGCUUCAUCACGUACGGCGUGGAGCUGCACGACGCGGAGAAGGCCGGCGGCUACGAUGCAGAGCUGCUCGGCGAUGCGUGGCGUGUGCCAUGCCUGCCCGCUCCGCUGAAGCGUCUGGUGGUGUGCGACGGGAACACGUGCCGCGCGACGCAGGCCGGCACGGACAACGAGGAGAAGAUCUCCCUGACGGACCUCAACCCCGUGGCGGUAGUGGCGGGUCUCGAUAAGCACUUCAACGGUCUGAAGCUCGCCUACGCUUCUCUGACGCUGCAAGGGCCGCCGAAGUCUUCUCAAAAGGAGGGCGAGCCGGGCAAACCGACGUUGUUCAUCGCCACUAAUGAGGACCCACAACUCGCGGUCGGCAAUCAGGGAGCGUUGCUGCCGGGUGCGGGAGCGAUGGUCAGUGCUCUGCGCACCUCGAUCGGCCGUGCGCCGGACGCAGUGUGCGGGAAGCCCCACGUGGACCUGGCGAAGAUUCUCUUUACGGCUGAGCAGAUUCAAAGCCCACAGACAGAGUGUAUUAUGAUUGGUGACCGACUCACGACGGAUGUGGCCUUCGGCAACGGGGCCGGGUGCAAGACGAUGCUCGUAUUGAGCGGGAUUGAGGGACUGGCCGACGUGGAGAGGGCGGAGGCGGAGGGCAACACGUUGAUGAUACCGCAGUACGUCGCAGACUCCCUCGCCUGCUUUCUCCCGCAGUAA